AUGGAGACUAACCCCGAGCGACCAAGGACGCGCGCGAGAAAGGCCUGUCUGGCAUGUAACGCGCGGCGGGUACGCUGUAAUGUGGUCGAGACGCAGCCAUGCCGGAACUGCGUGGCGUGGAACCUUGCAUGUGAGCUUGGAGUCUCACGGCGCGGAAAGUAUCCACGCCGGAAGAAGACUGGCUCCACGGGGGAGCCGCAAGGGUCGAUAUCGGCGGUGCCGACGAGCCAAGAGUGUUCGAGGGAGCGACGUACUCUGGAAGGAACCAAUCACGCCCAGUACAUCCCUUCGGCGCGUCACACUCCAACCGAUGACAGCAUUCACCGAACCGUAUUUUUGGGCGAAUCAAGUCCAUUGACCUGCGUUGUCGACGAGGGCCAAAGAUCGCCCGAUAAAGGCUAUGCACGCAAUAUGCAACAGGGCCGCCUGCGCUACUCGAUCUCCGAGAGGAGUGGACCAGCUGAAUGGAGCAACGAUCAACACCGAAAGCUGCUUCAAGAUCGGCUGGUUCGGGAGAGCGCAUUGGUCUUUCCGUCGCCUGCGGUCUGCGACACGUUCCUGCAAGCCUACUUUGACUGGUUCCAUCCAUGCUUCCCGGUAUUGGACCGCAGGAGAGUCGAACAUGACUACAAGGAGAAACAGAUAUCGCCCUUGCUAUUGCAAGCGAUGCUGUUCAUCGGCGUCAGUAUCUGCUCGGAUUCGGCGCUGCAGAAAACGGGAUUUAGCGAUCGCUACCGGGCAAAGGGCGUUUUCUACCAGCGGGCGAAAGAGAUCUACGAUGUCGGGUGGGAGACGGAAACUAUCGUCAAACUGCAAUCAUUGUUUCUCUUGAGCUUCUGGCGUGGAGGUCCCACCGAAGAGCGUGAUGUUCGAUUCUGGCUGGGCGCAGCUAUAGGCUUAGCCCAGAAGAAGGGGAUGCAUGUGAUGUCCAAGUUGUCCUUUUUAGGCGCCCAGGAUCUGAAGAUUUGGAAAAGGAUAUGGUGGGCUCUUUACAUCCGAGACCAGCAAACGUCAGCAGCACUAGGACUCCCAUCACGAAUCCGUGAUGAAGACUGUGAAGUGGCCGAUCUUACCAUGACAGACCUCGAGGAAGACGGCGAACAUGAUCCUUCUGAGGUUUUCCGGAGGCCGCCCCCGGCUCAUGUGGCAUAUGUGAUUGGGAUGGCUCAACUGGCCAGGCUGUUACGAGAGGUGGUGUCGACCCAGUACUUACCAGGCGGAGAGAGCCCCGAUAGUGCAUCUCGUUCCAUGCUUCACCAGCGCUUGGUGGGUUGGGAGGCCAACCUACCCCCUGAGAUGCAAUAUCCGACCUCGGCGGAGAGAGAAGUGAUGUUCUUAGUAGGAAUGCUGCAUAUCACCUAUAACUACCUUUAUUCCUUGCUGUACCGGUCAAUAUUCUUGAAGCCUCUUGGCGAGACCAUGAGUGCGGAGGGCAAUAUUGCUUUGGAGGCAGCAACUCGAAGUACAAGGAUCUUGGAGGAUAUGCUUUCCGAGAACCUGGUGCAACACGGGCCUCUUCAUGUGAUCACGCACACUUUCUCUGCUCUGUGCAUCCACACGAUUCACUUCGGCCGGGCUGCCGGUACUGCGCGGAAGCUUGCUGAGCAUCGCGCAAAGCUGUGUCUUUUGGGCUUGAAGGAGCUUCAGAAAUCAUGGGACCUGGAGAAUUGGGUUCUAGAUCUUUUCUUUCGUUCACUGGAUGACCGCACCGCUCGAGACCUUCGAUUAGCGGAUACCACUCCAUCCUCGGCACUGCCACGCCAGCCACCAAAUACGCCCGACGUGCUGGGAUCGUCCGAUGUCGACCGCGCCAAUACCUCGGCAGGACCCCUUCCGGCCACCGAGAGCGAGCCUUUCCACGGCGAAGCAUAUCCCUCUGCCCUUCCUGUCGACGAUGGAUCGGUCAAUAUGGAUUGGUACGAGCUAUUUAAUGUCGAAGGAGAUGACCUCUUGGGCCUCCCGAAUACAUUGACCAACCCGGACUACGUGAACCCGCGGAAUCUGGAGUUUCUGUAUCGGUUCCUAUAA